GGUACUUCUGUUAACAUGAAUAAGUUUCGAGGUAUGAACUAAUGAACCUCAUAUGGUUGUUGGAAGGAAUAAAUGGAUAUGUACAUAAAAUGUCUACAGCAGUGUCUGGCACAUGAACUAUAUAAAAGUAUAAUUUUUCACUAAGCUCAGGAAAACUGAGAUGGCAAAUCAUGUCACUUAUGACAUGUCAUGUUGGCCAAGUUAUGACUUUUCUACAGCUCACUUUAAAAAUUUAUAAAAUUUAAAAGUCAGGGAGACGUUCCAUGAAAAUACUUCAGUUUCAACAGUUAGUAACUAUAUAGAUAAUUUGUGCACUAAAUUUCAUUGUCAAGCCCAUAAUUUAUGUAUGCAGAUUUUCGAAAUACAAAAUAUUGCCAUAACAAAAUAAUGCCCGUGGUAUUUAUAUAUUUCAAUUUCAUUUCAAUCUCUUUUCUGUGUUUAACACUUUGUUCUUUUAUUUGUCAUUGAUACAGGACAUCUCUUGAUUCCUAAGUAACAUCAAUGGAGAACAGUACAGAAGUCAUUCUGUUUAUCCUGCUAGGACUAAGCAAUACCCCAGAGCUGCAGGUCCUCUUCUUUAUGCUGUUCACUCUCCUUUACCUCAUCAGUGUGCUUGGGAACCUGGGGAUGAUUGGGUUGAUUUUGUUGGACUCUCGCCUCCACACUCCCAUGUACUUUUUCCUCAGUAACUUGUCUCUGGUGGACAUUUGUUACUCCUCAACUGUCACUCCCACAGUGUUGGCUGGGUUCCUUACAGGAAACAAUGUCAUCUCCUACAAUGCAUGUGCUACUCAGAUGUUCUUUUUUGUAGUAUUUGCUACUGUGGAAAAUUUCCUGUUGGCCUCAAUGGCCUAUGACCGCUACGCAGCAGUGUGUAAACCCCUACAUUACACCACCACCAUGACUACAGAACUGUGUGCCCGUCUGGUUCUAGGUUCCUAUGUUGGUGCUUUACUGAAUGCCUCCAUCCACAUUGGAAACACCUUCAGUCUUUCUUUCUGUAUGCCCAAUGUGGUCCAGCACUUUUUCUGUGAUCCUCCAGCUGUCAUGGUUCUCUCUUGCUCUGAUAGACAUGUUAGUGAGAUGGUUCUUAUUUUUGCUGCAAGCUUCAAUAUCUUUUUUGCUCUUCUGGUUAUCUUCCUUUCCUACCUGUUCAUAUUAAUCACCAUCCUAAAAAUACACUCGGCUGAGGGAUACCGGAAGGCCUUAUCCACCUGUGGUUCCCACCUCACUGUAGUCUCCAUACUCUAUGGGACAGGCACCUUCAUGUAUCUACAGCCCAGCUCCAGUCAUUCCAUGAGCACAGACAAAAUGGUGUCUGUGUUCUAUACUAUGGUCAUCCCCUUGCUGAACCCUCUAAUCUAUAGCCUGAAGAACAAGGAGGUCAAGAGUGCAUUCAGAAAGGUUGUUGAGAUGGCAAAAUUGUCUCUUGGCUUAGCCUUUUAA